AUGGGAGCGCGGCAACACUGGCGGAAGCGUCCGAGCAGCAGCCUUGCCCCGGUGAGCUUCGCAGCCCGGCCGGGGCCGAUGUGGGCCGCUCGGGAAGCUGAACGGUGCGCGGCGGCGCUCGCGGGCGUGUUCUUUCUGCUGCUGUUCGCGCUGGGGGUCCGCCAGCUACUGAAGCAGAGGCGGCCGGUGGGCUUUCCCCCGGGGCCGCGGGGGUUCCCCCUUAUCGGCAACAUCUACUCCCUGGCCGCCUCAGCCGAGCUUCCCCAUGUCUACAUGAGAAAGCAGAGCCAGGUGUACGGCGAGAUUUUCAGUUUAGAUCUUGGAGGCAUAUCAACUGUGGUUCUAAAUGGCUAUGACGUGAUAAAGGAAUGCCUUGUUCAUCAAAGUGAAAUUUUUGCAGACAGACCAUGCCUUCCUUUAUUCAUGAAGAUGACAAAAAUGGGAGGCCUACUUAAUUCCAGAUAUGGUCGAGGAUGGGCUGAUCACAGAAGAUUAGCUGUAAACAGCUUUCGCUAUUUUGGAUAUGGUCAAAAGUCUUUUGAAUCAAAAAUCUUAGAAGAAACCCAAUUUUUCGCUGAUGCCAUUGAAACAUACAGCGGUAGACCUUUUGACUUUAAACAAAUAAUAACAAAUGCUGUUUCAAACAUAACCAAUCUGAUUCUUUUUGGAGAACGAUUUUCUUAUGAAGACACUGAUUUUCAGCACAUGAUUGAAUUAUUUAGUGAAAAUGUGGAACUAGCUGCCAGUGCCUCAGUCUUCCUAUAUAAUGCCUUUCCAUGGAUUGGCAUCUUACCCUUUGGAAAACAUCAACAGCUAUUUAGAAAUGCAGAUGUGGUCUACGAUUUUCUCUCCAGACUUAUUGAAAAAGCUUCAGUCAACAGAAAGCCUCACUCACCUCAGCACUUUGUUGAUGCUUAUUUAGAUGAGAUGGAUCAAGGUAAAAAUGAUGCAUUAUCUUCUUUCUCCAAAGAAAAUCUAAUUUUCUCAGUGGGUGAGCUGAUCAUUGCUGGAACUGAAACAACAACCAAUGUGCUACGCUGGGCAAUUCUUUUCAUGGCCUUUUAUCCUAACAUUCAAGGACAAGUGUGGAAAGAGAUUGAUUUAAUUAUUGGCCCCAAUAGGAAGCCUUCUUGGGAUGACAAAUGCAAAAUGCCUUAUACUGAAGCAGUUUUGCAUGAAGUUUUAAGAUUCUGUAAUAUAGUUCCAUUAGGAAUUUUCCAUGCAACUUCUGAAGACACAGCUGUACGUGGUUAUUCCAUUCCUAAAGGCACAACAGUAAUUACAAAUCUUUAUUCUGUACACUUUGAUGAAAAGUACUGGAGAGACCCAGAAAUGUUCUAUCCUGAGCGAUUUUUGGACACCAGUGGAUAUUUUUCCAAAAAGGAAGCUUUGGUUCCUUUUUCCCUAGGGAGAAGACAUUGUCUUGGAGAACAGCUGGCUUGGAUGGAAAUGUUCUUGUUUUUUACAGCAUUGCUUCAGCAGUUUCAUUUGCAUUUUCCACAUGAACUUGUUCCAAAUCUAAAGCCCAGGUUAGGUAUGACAUUGCAGCCCCAGCCCUACCUCAUCUGUGCCAAAAGACGUUGACUAUGCAUUGAUGCUUUGGAAGAUAAGGAUGUAUAUUUGCCUUACCUCUGAACCUUGCUUAAACUAAUUGAUGAGAUGCUUGGAGAAAAGUCACAGUAUCAUGAAGCCAAA